CGAGAGAGACAGAGACUCCUGCAACAAUACCCAAUCUUCAAAGUUGAACUAUCAUCACCUAGACAUCCUCACUGAGCAUCUACGCCAAAAGGCUUUCAAGAUGGGAGGAGUACAAGCAUCUAUGCCGCCUCCGGAAGAAGAUCUGUAUGCAGAGCAAUUGUUACAGCUGAAGCGCCUGCACCUCUCCUGCCUGAUGCUACAAAUAGAGUUGGCAAAAUUGAAAUUGGAUGCCUAUGAACAGAAGGAUUUCAAGAUGAAAGAGGAACAAGGAUCAACGCUGUCCCAGAAACAAUCUGAUGGGAAAUCGGUACUGAUGGACUUGAUGCAGUUUAAGGAACUGGAUGCCCAUGCAUUGAAGGUGAAUGUCAAGGAUAGCGUGGAAAACCUCGUGAGUGCCUUGCUUCAAAAAGCCCACAGUGACCUGGAGAAAGUGCGAGCCAUUUGGAUGUGGAUUUGCCACCAUAUUGAAUAUGAUGUGGAAGGCUACCGAAACAGAGAUAAGGCAUUUUAUAAGCCAGCCGAUGUCCUUCGGUCAGGAAAGGCUAUUUGUAGUGGAUAUGCUCGACUCUUUGAAGAAAUGUGCAGAGUUGCAGGGAUACAAUGCAAAUAUUUGGCAGGAGGCUGCAAAAGUGACGACUUUAAAGGGAAGAGCCGCCAUGCCUGGAAUGCUGUUUAUCUUGAUGGAAAGUGGCAUCUUUUGGACUGCACAUGGGCAAGCGGCUAUGUGGAUGACUCUUGUAGCAAGUUCACUUUCAGAUAUAACGAGUUUUACUUCCUCACCAGUCCUGCUCUGUUUGGGAAGAAUCACGUCCCUGAUGAGGAUGAGUGGCAGCUGUUGAAGCAGAAAUUGACACCUGAAGCAGCUUAAAUAUAAUAUACAGUGGUACCUUGCCUUACGAAGGACUCGACAACUGAAUUUUUCGACUUACGAAUGGGGCAAAUGGCCACACGCUUACGAAUGUCUCGACAUCUGGAAAAAACCCACGGCGGUUUUAGAUAGGGAUUUUUCGACUUGCAAAUUUUUCCGUUUUCAAUGCAUUCCUAUGGGAAAUCGCGUUUCCAAUGGCGUUUUUCGACUUAUGAAUUUUUCGACCUACGAAGGUGCCUUCGGAAUGGAUUAAAUUCGUAAGUUGAGGCACCACUGUAUAGUAAUU